GCUGGUCUCACCUAUCACCUGCCAGAUUGUCCUCCUUCCCCUUCCCUAUUUUUAUUCCGGCUUCUGCCCUCUUCCUUUCCAGUCCUGAUGAAAGGUCUCAGCUGAAACUUCCACCAUUCCUCCCCAUAGAUUCUGCCAUCUACUGAGUUCCUCCAACAUUUCGUGUGCCUUGCUCAAGAUUUCCAGCAUCUGCGUUUAUCACGUGAAGUCACUUUGUUUAAUAAGUUUCACGACAUAAACCGGGGAUAUUAAACCCGAUUCUGAAGACUAUGAGGCGGAGCGACUUGAGGAAACCUCGCCUCCAGGAGUCGCAGUGAAGGCCGGAACGCACAGCCGCGGACACGGCUGCCGGGGGAUCUCUAAUUGGACGUGCAGGGAUGAGCCGGAGAGUGAGCACCAUGGUACAGCAGACUAUGUGCUUACAUGGCCUUCUCCACAGGAUCCAGCCAGCUGUUAGGUACUGGCAGUUCUCCAAACAAGUGAGAGACUAUGCUACACAUACAGGGUCUUGCCAAUGCAUUCACUCUUGGUUCUCAACAGCCAGCAUUCUCAGUCACUCUGGGAAAUUUUCACUAGACUUCCACCUGAUCCCAAAGAGAAAAUUCCACUUUUCGUCCUCUGUGGAUACAGAGGGCAAUUUACAUCCUGUAGGAAAACAUUCUGGAAAAUUGAAAGCAGAUGCUUCUCACGUAGAGAAUACAGUUGAGCCCCUUCUGAGUCUGGGAUUUACCCAGGUUCAAGUGAAGAAACUGCUUGACCUAAGUUCUAGAACUGCUGCACAGGUUCCGCUGAAGGCUCACCCUGUGCUCUGCCUACUUUACAGCCUUGGUUUAAGGCCAGGCGGCAUUUUAAAGGUCUUGGAGAAAUGCCCCGAACUGGGUAGAAUAAAGGACCACCAGCUGCAGUCACGCAUUGACAACCUGCGGAAGCAUGGACUUGAUGAAGAGAGACUGCAAUGGGUCUUGGUGCAUCACCCACAGAUUCUGAAUCGUUCAGCAAAGCAGGUGAACAACACUGUGCGCUUCUUCAAGGAGAAGUGUAUUUUCACAGUACAGCAGAUCACAGAAAUUCUCCAAACUUCACCCAAUGUUCUGUUUGAAAACUUUGAAGAACUGGAAUACAAGUUCCAGUUCGCAUAUUUCCGAAUGGGACUAAAACAAGCAGCGAUAGUGAAAUCUGGAAUUUUCCAGACGUCAUUAGAAGAACUAAAACAGCGCCUUAUCUUCUUAGAACGUCUUGGGCAUUACCAGACUCCGGAUAAGAAGGGUCAGACUCUGAUCAUAAACCCCAAACCAAAAGACAUAUUCACCACUACUGAAGAUUACUUUUUGGCUAAAGUGGCUAUGUCAUCUUGGGAAGAGUUUGAUACUUUUAAGAAGCUCCUGAAGCGUGAGGAGAUGGAAGAAAGAGAACUUGGGCACCAGGAAGACAGCGGUACAUCUGAGGAACUGUCUGACAGUGAGGAGGAUGAGGAAUUUUUUCCAGGAAACUAAUGAAGGCUUCAUCAGAAUAAAAUUGUGUUUAUUGAAAUAUGGCUAACAGUGGAAAUAAACCAAUAUUACAAUAAAAAUGAAUUGGUUUAAUACCGAUGCAGAAGGAUGCAUCAAAGAUAGUUAAACUCUUUGAUAAGCAUAGGCCCUUGAGCACGCCCUACCAAUUGUUCCUACUCCUAACAUUUUCCUGAUCGAUCCCAUUUACCAUCAGACCAGAACAACUCUUACUCUUGAAUAGGUUGAAUGACUUCCAACUCUCCAAGUAUUUCAAAUAUUCAUUACCCCAGAAGAAAUUCCCCAUUUUCAUUUCAAUUAGGCAAUCUGAGUACAAAUUUCUGUGGCACCUACCAGCUAGAGUUGGUCAAGCUGAAAACGCUCAUUUAUUCCAGUUCUCUGGAAUCUGUAAGAUAAGCCUUUGCCAGUACUAAUAUUACACAGACUGCAUGAACUAUGUCCAAAUAGCUGCAGAGAUUUAAAGUACAAGAAUUGCCCAUUUUCAUCGAAGUGCAACUACAGUUCCAUAAUUGUGAACUCUCCAAAUCAGUGCAAGCUGUUCAUUCAAUAACUGUGGCACAAACUCACUCAUUUGGCUGAAAUAGGAUUCAUCUCCAAUCAUGUGCUGUAACAGAGACUGAAAUAUGGUUGAAUCAGAUUGGUGCUUUCACAGAUGACUUCAACUGACAAAUGGGUAAAAGGCAGAUGCAACUGCAAAUCAUUACAAUUUUUUUUAAAAACCACUAAAUACAAACACAUGUAAUUUAAGGAC